AAGCCAGCCUGGCCCGAACCUGGCUCCAGGCCAGCCCUGCGUGCGCUUCGCGCGCUCGCUCGCGAGCCAAGCAGGGUACUCGCCUCCGUACCUCCUCGGGGGUUCAUCGCCCCCGACCCCCCGCCCCCUUGCCCUCGCCCCCGCCCGCACCAAUGGCUGACCGCGCCGCCGAGCCUGCCGCCGGCACGCCGCCGCCGGCCGUGUCCAGCGGGGGCGGCCUCCUGGCGACCGCCGCGCGGGGCUGGGCCGACGUGCCCGCGUUCCCGGGCUGCAGCGAGCCCGCGCGGUGGCAGGCCGAGGCGGAUGAGGGCAUGGAGUGCGAGCGCUCCCUGCUGAUCGCCACCAUUGACCAGCUCCGCGCCGCGGCAGAGGCCGCGGUGCAGCGCGCGGAACAGGCCGAGGAGGCCAGGCAGGCGGCGCUGCGGCAGUCCUUCGACCCAGGGCUCAGGGACUUCAUCAGCUCCGAGGUUAGACGGGCGGUCCGCGCCGCAGCCGACCAGGCCACGGCGGAGCUCCGUGCCACGGCCGAGGAAGCCACGGCGGAGCUGCGGGCCGCCGUCGCGGAGGCGCGGCAGCUGCGCCCUUGCGGGCGGGCCCCGCUGGCGGAGCGAGGGGCGGCUCCCGCCGUGGGCACGCCGCCGCUGCCGGCUGGCGGGCCGCCAGGCGGCCGCGCCACGGAAGGGCACGAAGGCGCUGGCGGCGCGGGCGCGGACGGGCGCGAGGCGAGAGGUGCGCGGCUAGAGCUCGGCGCCGCCGCGGUGGACGAGGACGCGGACCGCGAGCGCGAGUGCGCCCUCCUCGUGGCCACCAUCGACGCCCUGCGGGCCGCCGCGGAAGACGCGCUUCGCCGCGCGGAGGAGGCCGAGGCGGCGAGGAGCGCGGCCCUCGCGCAGAGCUUCGGGCCAGGCGCCGCCGCGCCUGUGCCCGCUGGCCGGGCGGCGUCACCCGCCGCCGCGGUGCCGGCGCUGGCCACGCCGCCCUGCGGCCAGGUGGACUGCGCGGAGCUCCUGGCGUCCGCGAGAGCAGAGGCCUCCGAUGAGCUGCUGUCCCCGUCCGAGGGGCAGGUGGCCGAGACGCAGCCGUCCCUCUUGUCCGAGGGCCGGCAGCUGUCCGGGACGUCCGAAGGCAGGCGGAGCAUCAGCGUCUGGGAGGACGACAACUGGCUCUGAGAGCCGGGAUCGAGCCAGCUCGCGGGAUGGGCGGGAGGAAGUCGAAGAAGGGGGGGGAGGGAGGCAGGGAGGAGCAUAGCUGUCACCCUGGUACUGGCGUCUUAGCUGCACCCGAUGCUCUUCUUCCGUCCUGGCCCUGUGCCAGGCCAUGCACGACGAAACAAGCCUCCUCUGGCGAUCCGGCGCGCCCGUCGCUCGCCGUGACUCUCCUGCAACGACUGGGGACGGAACUGCGAAGC